CCAUGUUUACUGGAGCAAGAUCAUGACUUCGCUCAACAAGUCAGAUGAGGCUUCCUCCUCUACCUCUUCCUCCUCCUCCUCCUCCUCCCUUGAGCAGAACUUCUCCAUUAUUGCCUCCCACGACCCCCCCUACACCGAGUCCUUUCCCACUCCCACCUCCCUGCUGACGUCCUCCAACUGCACCAGCUCGCCGUCGGCCGCGUCGCCUCCCUACAACUUCUACGCGGUGCUGCUGGUGCUCCUCAUCUUCUGCGUGGUGUUCGGUAACGUGCUGGUGUGUGUGGCGGUGUCGCGGGAGCGCGCCCUGCAGACCACCACCAACUACCUCAUCGUCUCCCUCGCCGUGUCCGACCUGCUGCUGGCCACCCUGGUCAUGCCCUGGGGCGUCUACCUGGAGGUGGUGGGAGAGUGGCGCUUCAGCCUCAUCCACUGCGACAUCCUGCUCACCCUCGACGUCAUGAUGUGCACCGCCAGCAUCCUCAACCUCUGCGCCAUCAGCAUCGACAGAUACACAGCGGUGGCCAUGCCGCUGCUCUAUAACACCAGAUACAGCUCCCGGAGGAGGGUGGCGGUCAUGAUCGCGGUGGUGUGGUUCCUCUCUUUCGCCAUCUCCUGCCCUUUGCUGUUCGGCCUGAACAAUACGGCCAGCCGUGAAGGCACUACGUGCAGCUUUGCAGACCCCGCCUUCGUGGUGUACUCGUCUGUGGCCUCCUUCUACGUUCCCUUCAUAGUGACCUUGCUGGUGUAUGCACAGAUCUGCGUGGUGCUCCGCAAGCGAGGCAGACGCACGGCUCCGCCGCGCCAACACGAUCUGCUCACGCAGAGCGGGGCCGAGGCAGGAGAUGCCCACCGACACCGGAAGAAUAAGUGUACACAGCCUGAGGAUGUAAAACUGUGCACUCUGAUCCUGAGACCUGCCACGGCAGCCCCACAGCGCAAGAAAGUGACGCUGGUGAAGGAAGCCGUGGUUCAUCCCCUGGAGGUGGAGCCGGGUCAGUUCCUGCCACAGACCCAGCAGAGCCUGGACCCUCCCCCGGCACCUCAAACCUCCUCCCGCUCGGGACGCUCCAGGAUCUCCCUGUCCAUCUCGGUCGGGCCCGCCCCCGUUCUGCCCUCUACCGUGACGCGAUCGGCACUGACGCCCCGUCCCCCCACGCUGGAGGACGGCAUGAGGGGCCGCGAGGGAUGGAGGGAGCGCGGUGGCGGCGGCAGCGGGAGGGAGAAAUGGGGCAUCACCAAGGAGAGGGUGAGGGGAAGGCUGUCACAACAGAAGGAGAGGAAGGCGACUCAGAUGCUGGCUAUUGUUCUUGGAGUGUUCAUCAUCUGCUGGCUGCCCUUCUUCCUGACCCACGUGCUGAAGGCUCACUGCCGGAGCUGCUGCAUCUCGCCCUCGCUGUACAGCGCCGUCACCUGGCUGGGGUACCUCAACAGCGCCGUCAACCCCGUCAUCUACACCACCUUCAAUAUCGAGUUCCGCAAAGCCUUCAUCAAGAUCCUGCACUGUUAGUUCACGGCGAUCAGAAGCACCGGCCGGCAGGGAAAGAACAAACAAAACGAG